UUAUCUUAGUUACCUUAGUUACAGUCUUCUACUCUCAGUGUAAAGAAGUUAACUUGUAUUUCUCUUGUCUUACAGGAAGAAGAUGAUUGGAAGGAGUUUGAGCAAAAGGAAGAAAUUGAUUAUAGUGGUCUUAGAGUUCAGUCCAUGCAAAUAAGUGAAAAAGAAGAUGAAAAAGAUGAUGAUGAAAGUGAAAAAAGAGAAGAGCACGGUGACCACUGGGAGGAGACUGGUGGUGGUGGUGUAGACAGAUCAUCUGGUCCUUGGAACAAGUCAGCUCCUGCGCCGGCACCUGUCGUCGAACCAGUUGUUACAGAAGCCCCUGAACCAGUUCAGACUGGUGGUGUGUACAGGCCUCCUGGUGCCCGGGAGGGUGGCAGGCCACGGAGAGCACAGCAAGGACCACCAGAAAUCUAUAGUGAUACGCAGUUCCCAUCACUGCAGUCCAUCGCCAAGCUCAUAGACAGUCGAAGCCUAACACCUUACUCGCUUUCUUGACUGCAAUUACACAUUGAGCAGAUGUCUUCAUCCAGCUGUCUACAGUGAUGCCUAGAUCGUCCCUUUGAAAGAUCACAACUCAGAAUCCACCAGAGCAUGUAUGAGCAGUUUGAAGCCCUUCCAGUGUUCACUGCCUUGGGUUUCUUUUCUCUCACCACUGAAAUGCCAACUUUACAGAGGGAUUUAGCAUCCCCUGGCACUCACCCCCUUCACCAGUGCUGACAAACCUAACAACUUUCUAUGGGCAUUGAUUCUUGCCAUCCGAUGUACUUCAGUCUUCAGUUUCAUGUGUAUAACCCACUCUCCCUACCAGUUGUUAGCACAUGGCAUGCUCUUACCAACUUUUACUCAGUCUGACCUUUUCUGUUCUAUUUCUUGUCUCAUGUAUUGAGUUUUUACCUAGCUCAGUUAUAGCACUUAAGUAACCAAGUUAAAACUACUUCAAGUAAUUUGCCUCCAGAAAACUGUCAUCACAAGCUUCUUUUUCCAUUAAAACAAAUAACUUACCCUGUACCUCUUUCAGAGUAUGUACAACCACAACAAAAUGAUUCAAAUUGUAAAACAGGCUGAUGAUAAAAGAACAAAUCUAUUGAGAAACAAACAGUCUGAGUUUGAUCUCCCAGAGCUUACCUUCUUUGGUUUCAGUGGAGUUAUUUGUGUCACAUGAGCUCAGUUUCAUUAAAACUUGAUUUGAGAUCUUCUCACUUGAAGUCUAGAUACAGCAGCUGGAAAGGAACGCAAUGAAUAAGCCCCAUAGCAAGCUUGCUUUAAGUUUCUGGGUUAUUCUGCUCCAUGUUUGUGGCAGAGAUGAAGCAAAUGUAUUACUUGGUCUCUGAGCAGCAAUCAGCUGGGCUCAGCCACACUUAGCUGAACAUACCUGUUGUAGUAUUUAACUGGACUUUGAAAUUAGAUUACAGGAGUUGAGAUGGAGAUGAGUGCAACACUGGAUGACAGGCUUAGUCUUUGUGGUUUGUUUCAUCUCUUCACAUUCUCAUCUUGUACUUUAAAGAUGGUACAGCUGUAAAGAAGGUUCAGUUGUUAAGUGCUGACUGCAUCUACCAGCAAUGCUAUAUUUAUAAAUACAAAGGGGAUGUCACGAGGGAAGAGUCAAGCCUGUUGGAAUGCACAGCCUGCCACUUGAGAGCUGCACUGUCUCAAUACCAGAAUACAGCAUCAUAUACAACAGCUGCAGCUCAGUUCUAAUAAAGACGAGUAGUAUGAAGAACAUACCUUGGAUUUUUCAUGCAAAGUGUCCGGUGUUCUGUUCCACCACUACCAGUAUUCUGUCAAAAGCAAUUGUGGCUGCUGGUGUUUAUAAAGCUGGCAAAUUGGAGCUGAGGUGUGAGUUAAUUCUGAGGGGAUGAGGGGGAACAGAGCAGAUAAGGAGUAACUGAGAGCUGUUAGUGCAGUACUUUGUGUGUGUGGGACAGGGUAUGAAAGACUCCUCUCUGCUGCUACACUCAUCAAAGCCAUGUUUUGCCACUGUAAAUCCUGUUACCUACUACCCACCCCGUGACCUUCAGGACUGACUAGUUGGUUCUCUGAGUGUGCAAUGUCUUUAAUCUGGGAAUUAGGUAGAAGGCAAACUGGCUUUGUGAACUGGCAUAACAGUGUGUUCUAGACAAUUGGCUCUGCUGCUGGUUUUGGUUGGUUUGGGUUUUUUUCUACAACUCACAGCCCAGCAAAAAUCUCCUGAUUUGACCUUUUUUCACCCCAGAGCAUUCCCUCAUUUCGUUCAUCUACAUUAUUACCAUGCCAAAGUUUUCUAGUCAGGUACCUGAAUUAUUCACCACUGUAGAAAUUCACCAUUUAGAAAGCUCUGUAAGCAAAACCUGAGUCUUGAUCAUGCUGUAUUUCUUCAGUCCGGGCUCCCAGCAUCAAAACAUGGCUCCAUCUGUUGCAAAACUGCUUAGCAAGUAAAUGUGGUCUCCAUGGGCAAUUUAAACCUAGACCCUGGAAGGCUACACAGGAGCCUAAUUCCCAUGGAAAGAGCAAAAUGAAGGCAGGAAGCACUGGUCACAGUACAGCACAGUUCAACUAUGAGAAGGAGUAGGGUUGCAUGACUGGUAACAUGCUAGCUCAAACAAAACUGGCGUACCUGGAUAUCAGGGUCUGGCCUAAAGCCUUUAUUUUUUUAAUGAAGAGAUGACUGAAGAAUAGUCUCUGUAACUGAAAAAAUAGGAAACUGACUUUGCUUUCAGCAGUGUACCAGAAUGUCUCACCACCAGACUGAACCUAAAGAAAGGAAGAUAAAGCCAUUUGAGUGCUUACUGUAGUGCAAAAGAACAAACAAUACCAUCUAGUUGGGAAAAGGGGUGGCUGGGAGCCCCCCGAGCACAGCAGAAACUGCUUGAGCCAAAGCUGAGUACAAUAUGAUCUGAGAAUCCCUGUGUGGCCCCCACAGUUAACACAGGAACCGAAUGGUGCCUGUAUGUUUAUAUAUAUAGUUUAGAGUUAUAAUUUAAGCUCCAAACCUGAACUCCAUUGUUUUGGCAGUAGAUUUUUUUUACCCUGGUUUACCUCGCAUGGCUUCUGCAGAUGACAGCUUCAAACUGUGCAGUGCACACACCCCUUGUUGCCCUUUAUGUCCCACGUUAAAGGAAUGGUAUUGAACUCUGUAAAGCACUUUUGUGAUGUUUCCUGUGAAGAAAGCUGAAGAAAAUAAACUGAUCUUAACUACA